UGUCCAUAAUUUCAAAGAUAAGACUAACUUUUAGCUGCCAUGUAGUUCCAGUUAGCUCCAAAGGUAUUGGCACCCUGCAUUUAAAAAUUUAAAAGAACGUUAAAUUAUUAGACAUCAGAAAUGUUAGAUUUGGCUCAUAUUUCUUAUAUUAUUAUGGUGCGAGAUUAAGCUAAUUAACCACAGACACUUUCAUUUUCACACUGGAAUCAUGUGAAACCCCCCCACCCCACACACACACACACACACACACACACACACACACACACAUACAAGCCAUUCCUUCACCUGCUCCUCUACAUGUUAGAAACCAUAAGAUACGGCUGGUUAUUAAAUUUAUCACUCUCAAAUCGUGAAUGCAGCUGUCAAUCUGCCUUCAGCAGGUCAUUACGAUGACAGUGUGGUGUGUGUGUGUGUGUGUGUGCUCUAAACUCUGACUCUGAUGUCAGAGAAUAUCCAGGAUAAGGUGCGGACCUGAGGCACACAGCCAAUCAGGGAGGGGAGAUUAGCGUGUGUGUGUGUGUGUGUGUGUUUAAAUCGCUCUGCGGCUGUGCGAGUGUCCCAGUCCAUCUAGUCUUCAGACCUGAACUGCCGAAGGACUUUUUACUUCAACGUUUAAUCCUACAGAUAAUUGAUUGUCCCCGUCAUGCUCUCUCGGAGUGUUUCGGUCUUGACCUGCGUGCUGCUCCUGUUGACGCUGUGCCCUGACGUUCUGUCUCGUCGGGGUGGAUUCGGAAGCGCGGGUGGGCGCUGGGGUGGUUUAGGGCGGGCCGGAGUAGGAGGGGGCUGGGGAGGCGCUGGAGCUCAGAGAGGAGCCGGCGUUGGAGGCGGCCACCACUACAAAGCUCCGCACGUCCACAGCGGAAGUUCGUCGUCUGGAUCGAACGCUGGGAAGAUCGCAGGAGCAGCGGCAGCCGGCGCUCUCGGAGGCAUGGUGAUCGGCCACGGGCUCGGCUCGAUGUCUCGACCUGGAUACGGUUACGGUCACGCGUGGCACGGCGGGUAUGACAGCUACGGGCACGGGUACGGCCACCCGAGGUACGGCGAGGUACGCCAUCAUGGAGACGCGUCCAGGAACGAGACGGAUAUGGAGUACUACGCCGGGUCUGCCAGCAGGGGGCACGCUCACAGCUACGUGCUGCUGUUCGCCACCACCGUAUCAUUCUUAAUCGGGUACUGGAUCUCAUAGACUCUCUUCCUCUUUCGCUCGAUACCCCAAUAGCUACCAGUUUAGCACUGAGACUUGAUUAGCCGGAUAAUGAUUCAAACAAUAUAGGUCAAUUUGUGUCUUUUCUCAUUACAAACCUAUUCUGUAUUCUGUGCUAUUUUACGAUACUUUAUAUUAUAUCGGAUGGCGUACAAAUGUAUUUUGAUUGCGAGUGUGCACUAUCAGAAUUUUUUAGCAACCUGUACCUUACCUUGUUGCUGGGUUUGUACUCUUAAUAUACAGUUUAUCUUUUACCUAGAAAAGGGCACGAAGAGCAUCCUUUAUCCUAAAGUUUUAUCCUAAAAGGUAAUUAUGAGCCACGAUGGCCACAUUUCCAGGUGGAUGAUAUUAAAAGUAAACCCCAACAACAAGGUUCCAAUUAGUACUAUUUAUGAUGAUUUAGACAUGCUAAAGUGGAGACUAUACGCUUUCCUGACCUGUAAAUAAAUCACCUUUAGAGACAGUAUUUGUCUAUUUCUAUUUCGUCUUUUAUUUUUGAAUAUAAAAUGAUUCUAUACUACAUUUUGUACUAUACAAUCGCAUUCCUGAACCCUUCAUCGUAGCUGUGCGCACACUGUCUUUGAUUUUUACUUUGUUUGAGGUUUCGACGCGCGCGCUAACAAGCUACGACACGUCUCAGUGUCCCCUGGGUCCUAAAGCGCCUCCGGGGAUAUAGACAGCAGACUCCGUAAAUCACAUUAGUGGAUUAAGAGUAGACAGGACGCCAGGUGUGUCAGGGCAAAGACAAGUCACGUUUAAGAUCUAGGUACAGUCUACGUCACGUCUCAUUUUCACUGCGGGGCUCGUGUGUUUCUCGUACAGACGUGCACGUUUGCAAUGCUGUAGUCACUGUGUAAACAUGAAGAUCAACAAUAAAACUAUUUGUUCAUUCUAAA